GCUAAAGUACUGAAGUACAGAAGCAAAAAUUUGAGGAAAACUGAAGGAACUGACCAUCUUGAAGGUCAGUAAACGUGUAAAGUUUUGUUAAAUAAUAAUUGAGAUUAAACUUCAGUUUCCACCAGAGUUCAGCAUUUCAUUUACGUCACAUUUAAACUUGUUUUCAGACGUUUUUGUUUAUUUUGCUUUUGCAUGUGUUUUUAAAAAGAAAUGAGAGACUGUCUGAGUUGGUGUAAAGGUGUUAAGACGUUGUGUGGGGACAUUGUGUAGAGACAGACUGAGCUCAGACGCUUCAGAGCAAAGAUGAGAUCGCACUUUUUUAUUUUCCUUUUAGUGGUUGGUUGUGGUGUGGCUGUGGGUCUGACUAGAGAAUAUAUUUUCUUUAGAUCUAUAUAUUCUUGGUAUUCUGCUCAAUCAUACUGCAGACAAUAUUACAGAGAUCUGGCCACCAUCACCUCUAAGGAGGAACAUGAACGACUUUUACAAUCAGGACUCAGUAAAUAUGACAGUUGGAUCGGGCUGUACAUGUCAUACUCGGGCAUCUGGACAUGGGCUGAUGGAGAUCCUUCUCUUUUUCGGAAAUGGAAUGAAGGAUCACCUUAUUUUCAAUACAAUAACUAUUGUGCUUACACAUACUAUACUGGACUCUGGUUGAAUGGCUACUGUGGGAACGGGAAGAGUUUCUACUGCUAUCGGUUCCUGAUCCUGGUGAAGGAGAAGAAGACCUGGGAAGAGGCUCAGGAGUUCUGCAGGACUAAUUACACUGGUUUGGUCUCUGUGACCUCCGAGACAAGCCUGAGGCAGCUGAAUCUAGAGACGGUGGGGACGGAGACAGAGAGCGUGUGGACCGGCCUGCGCUUCAUGGAUGGACAAUGGCUCUGGGUGAGUGGGGAGCAGCUGGGGAGCCUGGUCUCAAUGCCUUCAUGUCAAGAUCCAUCUUCCUGCUGUGGAGCUCUCAACACCACGAGAAACACCAUGAAGAACCAGAACUGCAACGAGAAGCUGAACUUUGUCUGCUACUGGGCGUGAGUGAAAUUGACACAUUUUAUUACACCACACUUGACUAAACUCUUACAUGUAAACUUACCUGUUCAGGUUAAUCCAUACAUCAAUAAUCAUCAUAUCAUCAAAAUGUACCUGUAAUAAUCACCAAUAUUGAUAAGAAACAAAACGUGUUUAUAACCUACAAUAUGAUCAGAGAAGUUGAUUGCAACAAAGUUCUCUACACAUGAGGUGAUACGUUCUACACAGGUGACAGAAACAAAGUCAACAACUUGCAGCCUUGCUGGACUGUGAGUCAGUACAUUAUACUUUGCCUUAUUGUUCCUUUGACUUUUCUUUUUUCUUGAAAAGGAAAUCUAAUAAUUAUUUUAAUUCAAUGUUGGAAAUACAACAUCUGUAUCAUCCUGAAAAAACUGUCCCCAGUGUGAAGCAUGGUAAAAUAAUUCUGUUGAUGGUUCAUUUGCUCUAGACUUUAAAGAUGUCUUGAUUUUGUUUACAAGGAAAAUAAAUAUUAGUUUAAAUGUAAAGACACAAAAUUCCUCUUUUCCUGUAAAGAUUCAGGUUUUGAGUAAACUGUGAAUAUUGUGAUUUUAAUAGAUAAAUAUUAUGUACAUUUGUGUGUAUAUUGUUUUUAACAUUGAUGCUCAAGUUUGAUGUUUUCUUAAUAGAUUAAUGAUGACUUUUAGAAGACAAGCAUAAAAUCUCAUAAAAUGUAUGGCUUCCUAAAUAUUGUCACUGAAUGUCAUGUUUUGACUCAUUUAUUUGUUUAUUUAUCUUUAAUUAUACAACUUCUUUAUGUAGUUAUGCAUCUGAUUGGUUUACAGAUUGUAUUUCUGACAUCCUUGUUCCUUUUUUCUUGCUACUUGUACCUUGUUAACUUUUUUUGUUUUAG